CGAAUCCCCUGUUCAAGUCCCCAUUCGCGACUCUCCCACUCUCGACCCGGACUGGCGACAGGGGUGGCGAACCGGGGGGAGAGGGGCGGCCGCCGGCGGUGAGUGAUGGCGACGACAGAAAUUGACUGGGCCGACCCCACCGCUGGACUCGAUUUCGAGGACCAGUUGUGGCUUGUGAAAUUGCAUUUGCCUCUAUCAGGAAGAGUAGUGCAGCGGACAGUUGGGAGGGCAUAUUUGAAGCACAAGAAUUUAGUUGAGUUAAUGGUGGCCAGUGGAUUUACAGCAGAAGAUGACCUGUACUAUGUUAGACAAGAUGGCAUAGGGUUAACUGGAUGGUCAUUGUUAGAGUCAGAUGAUACUGUGAAAGAGGUUAUGGAGCUGUACAAGGCUACUAGGUGUAUCAACCUGCACGUGUUGAAGAGUUGUGCUUUUCCAGAAUCACCAUCCAAUAAGUGAGUCGAGUUCUACAGUGAUGUGCCUACACCUGGAAAGAAAAGAAAGAGGAAGAUGGUAUCUUUUGCACAGGAAGAAGUGGUUGGCACACAACAAAGUGUGAAUCAGCAGGCCGCAACUGGGCUUCAGGUAGUUUGUAAGAAAGCCCCCCCUAGUAGGGCAGAUAAGGGGAAAGCCAAAGUAGCAGAUCCUGACACUGAAAGCUCUUACUCAAGUGAUAGUUCAUUGGAAUCUGAUAGAUCUGAAGAAGGCAUUGACCCUAAUGAUGUAUAUGAAGGUGACAGUGAAGCUGAGGAAUUGUUUCCACUGCAAGCUUCUGUUCAAGAGGAUAUUGCUGCAAUGAACAAGGCCAAGAAGCCAAAGAAGGAAUAUGCUUUGAAGACCAAGGCAGCAAAGGAAAGAGUAACAAGAUAUCAGCAGAAGGUAGCAGCUGGUGCUUUACAGGACCAGUUUCUUAGUGAUGUGGACAGUGAUGACAACAAAGAAUUAGAGCAUCCAAGUGAUGAUGAUGAUGCACAAUCUAUUGAUCAUCAGUUACCAAAGAAGAGAAAAAGUAGAGCAAAGAAGCGGAUGCCUAGGGUUUGGUAUGAUGAGAACAAGCCAAAGCCACAUACCCAGUUUGUGCAACUAAUGUGCUUCAAGGAUGAAGAACUAUCACAUACAACAUUCCAGAGAUUAUGAAUAUCUCAGGAAUGACAAAGACAGAGUGAUGGUAUGUUGCAAGUCAGCAAGCUCUUGCCCCUUUUACAUGGUUUCAUCACAAAUCGAGGGAGAGGAUACACACUGUUUGAGAGUGUGUGUGGAGCCACACAAGUGUGGUGAGACUCAUGAUACAUCAAUGAUCAACAGUGCAUGGUUAGCUAAGAGAUAUGAAGAGAGUGUCAGAAGUGAUCCAGAAUUCAAGAUCCACUCUAUGAUGGACAAGACAGCAAGGAAAUUUGGAGUUGACAUAAGCAAGCAGAUGGCUUAUAGAGCAAGAGCAAGAGCACAGGAAGUUGUGUUGGGCAAUCACAAGGAGCAGUAUAAGAGGAUUAGAGACUAUGCUCAAACUGUGAACAGUACUAAUCCAGGCAGUAGGGCAGUUGUGACAACAAUUGAGAACCCUCAAGCAAAUCCAAGAUUUCAUGGUCUCUUUAUAAUGCUCAAUGCACAGAAAGAGGGAUUCAUCAAUGGAUGCAGACCCUUCAUAGGAGUUGAUGGUUGUUUUGUCAAGCUCACAACAGGGGCCCAAGUGCUGGCUGCAAGUGCCAGAGAUGGCAAUAACAACCUGUUUCCACUGGCUUUUGGUGUGGUUGGCAAGGAGGACACUGCCUCAUGGUGCUGGUUUUUACAACAACUGAAGUAUGCUUUGGGUGGAGAUCAUGGGAAGUUUGGGAAGUGGACCUUCAUGUUGACAGACAAAAGAGUAUUUCAUGAUUGUUCUCAAAGGUUCUGUCUACGGCACAUCUAUGCCAAUUUUAAAGUUGCUGGUUUUAGAGGAGGGGACCUCAAAGCACAUGUAGAUGCAGCAGCUUACUCUUAUAGUAAGCCAUACUUUGAUGAUGCAAUGGCAAGACUGAAAGAGGACUGUGAAGAAGCAUGGGAGUGGUUAAGUAAGAUAAAUCCUAAACAUGGGGCUAGGCAUGCAAUGGACACCAACUGCAAGACUGAUUUAGUAGUGAACAAUCUUAGUGAAAUCUUUAAUAAUUUCAUUAUUGAUGUGAAGGACAAGCCCAUAGUGACCAUGAUAGAUGGCAUUAGAACCAAACUAAUGGCCAGGUUUGAAGCCAAGAGAAUAGGGAUUCAGAAAGCAGGAUGGGAUAUCACUUCUACGUUUGCAGAGAAGUUAGAGAUAGAGAAGAGUAACUCCAAGUACUCUAAAGCAAUUUGUGCAGCCAAAGGUUUGUGGCAGGUUGCUUCUGGAACCAGAACAUAUCCAGUCAACUUGAGAGCCAAAACAUGUGGGUGUAGAAAAUGGGAUUUAACUGGCUUACCCUGCAAGCAUGCAGUGUGUGCAAUAUAUAAAGCCAAAGGGCACCCUGAAGACUAUGUGAGUGACUUCUUUAAAAAGCCAUUAUACAUCCAAACACACAAUGAGAUAGUGUACCCUGUCCCAGGCCAACAUGAUUGGGUUCAGACAGAUACACCUGACAUAGAUCCACCACACUUUUUUGUCCAUCCUGGGAGAAGGAAGAAGAAUAGGAGGAAAGGUCAGGAUGAGCAAGGAGAGCCAAGGGGUAAAGGCAGGAUGUCAACAAGCACAUGUUCCAAUUGUAAAAAGCAGGGCCACACGUACACUAGUUGUGCAAAUCCAUUGAAGCCAGAGUUGGCAAUAAGGAAAAGCAGACACAAGAGUAACAGAGGAUUCCCAACUUCAGCUGCAACACCUGCACCAGCAGCACAGCCUACUCCUGCAUCUGCUUCAGCACCAACACCUUCAAAAUGCACUGGUAGGAGAGGAGGGGCCCAGUUCAAGCCACCAAGAGCAGCUUCUGCAACUUCUACAUCUGCAGCACCUGCACCAGCUCCAUCUUCAUCAGCCAGAGGAGCAAGAGCCGCAUCUGCACCAGCUAAGGCAGCACCAGCUCCAUCUUCAUCAGCCAGAGCAGCAAGAGCAGCAUCAGCUAAGGUGGCAGCAGCAGCGACAGCAAGAGAAGUAGCAGCAUCAACAUCAGCUCCAACUGCACAUGCUACUUCAACAAGGCCUACUAGGAAAACAGCAGGGACACUGCCAGCUAGGUAUGAGAACAGCAAGAUGUGGAAGUAUUUUAACUGCUCAAGGAGGACAAAUUGAAACUGAUGUAUUCUGUGUUAAACUGUGUAAUGCUUGGGAUGUGAACUGUGAACUGUGAACUCAUGUAUUUUGGUUAAAUUGAAACAUGUAUUUCAGAUUCAGGCAUUUCAGAUUCAAA